UGUCGAAAAUGAUUACACAGCAUAUUGGUACUUGAUUCUUAAAAAGACCUAUCAUCAUGGAUUGAGAGUACAAGACUGAUGGAGAACGGAGAGGAUUCGGUGAUUAAUUUGUCGUCAGAGAGCAGUUAUGGAAAACCCUGCUGAUCUAGAUGCUUCCAUUCCUUGGGUAGCCCGUGGAUAUUCCAACACACUCCAAAGCAAGAAAUAUGGCAGAACAACAAAGGAUGGUGAAACAAACUUUUUACUUUGUGCAGAAGACGAUGUGCACCUCAGCACUGAUUUGAAAACUUCUACCCCAGUGCAGAAACAAGCCCAACAAGUAAGACAGAGACCAAAGAGCGCUUCAGCAGCCUACUCAGCCUACAGUAGAACCACGCCUCCCAGGCCGCAGUCUGCCACUGUAACAGGGGGAUGGAGGAAACCCAGGCCUCUCAGUGCACAGCGGCCCUCUAGUGGCCGACCUUGGAAGGUUCUGCCUGGAGAAGACGGCAAAAAGAGAAGGGCAUGGAGUGCAGGACCCAGACGGCCUGCCAGUGCCGUAUCUCUCAACAAGAAAAGCUAUACUCUAGUCAGCAGAGCAUUUGAAGAUGAACGUCUCAUGUAUGAAUUUUCGCCUCAUCCAAACCAUCGUUUUUUAGACAGACAUGCUCGAUGUUUUGACCAUACACAUAUCCACCUACAGCUUCUCCUCACUAGACCCCAAACAGCAUGCCGCCACUGUGGAGAAUUCCGCUGCCCUAUGGGGGAUUGUGCAUAUGGGACCAACAGUACUGUGGUUUCUCCAGGCAGUCGCCCGCGUUCAGCAGCUGGAGUGAGAGACCCGCCAGAGACAGAAUAUGAACAAUAUAUUGCUUACACCAGACCUGCUAGACCCAGCACUGCACCUCCAGGAGGAAGGAGAGGGUUGGCUGAGCGUGAGCCAGUAACCCGUGGCCACAUUCCCCAUUUCUGCAACUUCGUCCAGAGUGCCAUACUUCAUGAGCGUGACCAUUCCACAGAGAUUCAUCACCAUGAUCAUCACCACCACCAUCACCAAUACUCUGAUGUAGAUAUUGACAGGAAAGACAGCAGCAGUCAGGGACACGGCGGACGUAGGUCUGCCAGGCCCUCCACGGAGCCAGAAUAUGUGCGACCUGAAUCACCUGCGGUUUCCGAGGUGGAGGUGAAAGAAGAGGAUGACUGGGAUGAAAAGAUAGAUGUUACCAUUGUGGAUAAAGAAAAUGAACCUGAAUUCCAGAAUGAUUCUGAAAUACGUAAUAUCACACCACCUCCAAUUCCACACCCACCCCUCCAUCCCCGACCAAAACCCUGCAGUGUCUGGAUGGAAACACCACCUGUGAAGAAACCAGUCCCACCCCCACUUCCAAAGCCAGUGGAAAAACAUAAGCCUGUAGAAAAUCCAAAAAGAGUCUGCGUGAAGAAAGAGAAACGGCCAGUGGAGAGGGAGAGACAGAAAAGAGAAAUGGAGCCUCCAGAACCCGUGAAAGCAGCAGAGCCUGAACCCCCACCACCCCCACCACCACCUGAACCAGUGGAGGAGAGUAAGCCUCAGGUAAAAGAGCGUCCCGUGGUAGGACCCCCAGACCUUCCAGAACUCAAACCAGCUGAGAGACCUGCCACCCCGGUGAAGCAGCCGACACCCACUCCACCCAAACACCCAAUACAGGGAGGAGUAGAUGUGGUCAAGGUAGACCCUCUGGUAAGACAAAAUAACCUUCUUUUCAUUGCUUACUAA